UUCGUCAGCUGAAACCCAUCGCUUACUUCGACGUCAUACGGAACGUGUAAAGGCUCAGGGCAUUUGCGCGACUUUUAACUGCGCUCUGAAGUCCCGUGCAAAGCCUCGUGUGCAUGGGGGAUUGCACACUUUUUGCUUGGAAGACGUGAUGCUGUGUGACGGAAGCCACGGCAGGAGCGGCAGUUGAGCUCCAAGCGUCGUGAUGGCCAGAACGUGUUUGCUGCUACUUCUGCUGUUGCUGACUGCCGCCAUCGCUGACUUUGCAGUUACUAAACAGAAGAAAUAUGGACAGUCUGAUCCAACAACAGUUCAUGCAGUAGCCAGUGCCAACAACAAGUUUUCCCUCAGUUUGUACAAGACACUUAGCAGCCAGGUUCCUGAAGGGAGCCUUGUAAUGUCACCAGUCAGCAUGCACUUGGCUCUGGCAAUAGCUUAUCAUGGUGCUAGGGGACGCACAGCUGAGCAGAUGGCAGCAGCUCUGCAUUUACCUCAAGACCAAGAUACUGUCAAGACAGGUUUUCGACAGUUACUGGGUUCUCUAAAGAGUUCCAGAAGUGUGAAUCUGGAGAUAGCCAACAGAAUGUACUUGCAAACCAAUUUUAAUGUUCUGAAAGACUUUCGUAGAGUGAUCAGGAAGUCAUUUGGAUCAGAUACAAAAGAAGUGGAUUUUGAAAAAAACUCUGAGAAGGCAAGACGGAUCAUCAAUAACUGGGUAGAGAAGAGAACAAGUCACAAGAUAAUACAGAUGAUUGGACCAGGUGUGCUAAAUGUAUUCACUCGCCUGGUACUUGUAAAUACUGUGUACUUGAAGGCCCAGUGGCUACAGCCAUUCAACAGUGAGGACACUAAGCUGGAGAAGUUCCAUAUCAGCAGAAAUGAAGAGGUUGAAAUCCCAAUGAUGCACAUGAAGACAUUCUUUGGCUUUAAACAUUCAGAAAAUUUAAGUGCAAAAAUAGUGGAACUUCCAUAUGAGGGAGAGACGAUGAGCAUGUUUAUACUGCUGCCCGAUGACCUGGAGGGCAUCUCCAAUCUAGAGGCUGGCCUUCAUGCAGCUGAACUAGCAAGCACUUUCAGGGACAUGCAGUCAGAAGAGCUCAAUGUCACACUACCCAAGUUCAAGACAGAAACCUCAUUGAAUUUGAAGAACAAUCUGAUGGAGCUUGGAAUGAAGGACAUGUUCGAUCGGCGGUAUGCAAAUUUCUCAGGCAUUACUGGCUCUGCAGAGCUUUAUGUGAGCAAUGUUCUCCAAAAAGCCUUUGUGGAGGUUACAGAACUGGGAACUGAGGCUGGUGCUUCUUCUGCUGUAAUUCUUGAAAGUCGUUCUUGGAGACCGCCUCCCCUGGAAUUUGUGGUAGAUCACCCAUUUUUGUUCAUAAUAUGGGAGAAGCGACUUAACACAACCUUGAUUAUGGGGAGAUUCUCAGGGUCACAAUAGAGAAUAAGAAAUCAAGUGAUGGAAAUUGUUUCAAAAGCCAAUGAAGACAGGCCUUGAACUAUUUCCGACUGCUCAGAAAAUACAAGUUUAUCGUGGAACUAACAUAGUGUCCACUGAAGUUUGAAUAUGGAAUCAGGAAUUGAAAAUAGUGCAAUAUAUAUCAGAUGUGAGGUUUUCACAACAGCAAGACUUCAGACUGUGGUCUUCUAGGUUAUGACACUAUGUGCCAUGACAAUUCACUUCUAAAGUUAUUCUUGGCCUGCUGACACCUAUUUGAGUGUAAGUUUCAGAAACACAGAACACAGUAUCAACACCAGUGAUUCCUAUCAAAGCAGCUAUUUCUUCCAUACCAUCCAACACCAAUACUCUAUAGAAAUUAACUUCAUAAUAAAGCUAAAUAUAUAAAGAAGGCCAGAGACCAAUCACUUUGCUCCUUCAUUCUUGCUGCCAUGCUUUACUAAUGGGCAAAGGAAGAAAAUGGAAAUUUUUUCUGAGAAGUGCUACUAUCAAUGUGAGUGACUGAGGGAACAACCAUAAUAUUUAGUCUGAAUACCAAAAGGAAACUGCUGUAAACUAUACACUCUGAAAAACAGUUUUAUGUAAGUUUACAAUAAGCAAAUAAUAUAACUAAUAUAUCUUCUUCAAAAAUUAAAAAUGGAGGUACUUAUUCCAGAACAAACUUUGGUACCAAUCUAUAACCGCACCCCACUUAUAUUGAAUCAGAGGUAGAGUGGUAAGAGCAAAGGUGUAUGUCAACAUUUACAUAAAUCAUUUGAAACAGUAAUCUGCAUAACAACCUCUAAAAUGAAUCCAACAAUAUAAAUCAUAUUAAACUUCUUUUAAUAACAACCUAUUGCAUAUUUUGUAAAUGAUAUAUGUAUAUUCACUUUCAGUCACUUUCUAUUUACAUAAUAAAAUAAUUUCUGAAACACAUUACCUAUGUCUAAAGGAAAAUUUGUGUUAGAAGUACAAAAUACAUAACUAAAUGUUAUUAGAUUUUAGUAAAUGUGUUGUUUUAAGUAUGAUAUAAAAAACAACCUACAAGUAAUCACGUGUUACACAUUCUUUAUCUGUAUGUAGUUACUUCCACAUAGCACAGGCACAAAAAAUACAUGUAAUCUGGAAAGCUGCAUUGCAUUUAAUUUAAAUAAUAACAUUUUUCAGCAUUGUUUUAUAAGCAGUGCAUGGCUGCUGGGUUCUACCAACAAACAAAGGUAACAUAUUUGAGCAUCUUCCAAGUCAAACCAAAAUAUAUUAAAGCUGUUUACAUAUAUGAUACAUAGUUACAAAUAAGAUAUUAUUUCACAAGAAUUUGUAUUAACUCUUCCCUUUAAUUUCACUGUUAAAAUACAUAUUAUCCAAAAAUAGUACAAUAUGAACAUAUAUACUUUGAUUUAUAGACAAGUCAAGAUGCUGAAUAUAUUUACAGCAGGAUGAAAAUGACACAGCAUUUGGAAUUUUAACAGUGACAUACAUUAAUCAUUGUAUGGGAGAAAUAAACAUUAAUAAAGUAGAAUUUUAGGUUGUCAUGGCAGUGAGUAUAAGGAUAGCUGCCUUCUGGGUUGUAGCACUGUGUAGGGCCCUGAUGAUGGAGGCAAGGACCUCUGGCACCCUAAUAAACUUACACCACGAUACAUGGUGCUACAGCCCAUAAGGCAGCCAUUUUCAUAAAAAAAGUAUACAGAAACGUAUCACAAAUUUUUCCAAUAUUUGCCACGAAACAUAUUCCAAUUAGAAAGAAGUCCACAGAUAUAUAUGUAAUAGAAUGUAUUAGAUUACAUCAUGACUCCAAAUGAUGAAGUGUACAGCAGAUGAAUAUUACGGGUUUUACAUCUUACACGUCUUUGGGAACCUAACCCUAUCUUAUUAAUUGGAAAAUAUGUUUAUCUUAUCAUAUUUAUUAUUUUAUAUAUUUUCCAUGUAAACUGCCAUAACAUGGCAUUGUAAAGAGAGCACAGACACUGAAAAAUUCUUCAUAGCAGUAAUAGCAUUAUGAAGAGAGAAAUUUCGAUUUGGUUUAAAUAUACAUAAAGAAAAACCUACAAAAUGUUAUGACAUCAUAUCAAUUCAGAUUUGUGGGAAGACUUCGGGUUUCAUUUAGCCAGUUCAUCAGUAACACUGAUAGCAUACACAAAUAUCCUGAAACAAUUUUUUUGAGAAUUACAUGAACCUGCCAAUGAACUGCAUUUCAGAGGUCCCUGCUGCCUCCAUCAUCAGGGUGAUGAUGGAGGCAGCAAGGACCUCUGAAACGUCUGUAAACUUCUACCAGGCUACAUGGCACAACCCAGAAGACAGCCAUCUUCAAAAUUUAAUCUGUUCUUAAUUUUUUCUUGAAUGAGAUUCUGGUUAGUUACUAUUGUUCCCAACUAUCUAAACUUUGCCACAUUUUCAAAGGUUUAUUAGCCAUGUUUACAUUAUGAUUUUGUCUUCAUUCUGGUCACACGUUACAAACACAUGCUUAGUCCCCCUGCAUUUAAUUCUAGAUCAACAUUCUUACUAUUGUAUAAUGGAGAUUCUGUGUUAUUCUAUUUAUUAUUUGUUUUUAAUAUAUAAUAUAUUUAAUAAUGGCCUCAGCAGGUAAGACUAUAGAGUGCUAAAUGAUAGAACUAUUAACAAAUAGCGAAUUGGAAAGACAGAAGGAAGUGGUCAUGGCCUAAUUUAAAGUACUACCGCAUGCAUUUUCCUGGAUGAACUGCGGAAAAUCACAAAACAUGUCAGGAAAAUCAGCCCCAGGACCUAUAUAACAUAAGACAUGAUCGGUUGCAACAUUUGGUCAUCUAUACAGUAUGUUUUUUCUCCAAUAAAUAAUCAUCAGCAUACACCAAAAGCUGUCCCUUACAAUUCAGUUUCCUCCUGCUUUUCUUAGUCUUCUUAAUAGCAUAUCAAUAAAGCAUCUUCUUCUUUAGACCAUUCUAAAUAUGAAAUGCAUCAUAAAAAUGUUUACCUAUUCAGACUUUACUGUUUACUGCAGGUUUUGUUCAAACACAUUUGGCCAAAUUAACUUCAUAGGUGUACCAAAUUCAAUGAUAAUGUUGUACAGUACUUCCCUCUCAACUGAAUCAUAGGCUUUCUUAAGCAUAAAACAUAUUAAAUGUAUUCAGUCUUACUAUUUUCCUUUGUCACAACAGCAUGGCACCUUUAUGUAAGUUAUAAUAUAAUUAUCCUGUGAACAAGUCUUUCAGCUUUGAACAACACUGUUUAACUGGACUGUUCCAGAAGUUCAGGAAACACUUCAUGCAAAACAAACUGAGUUAUUUUUCAUACUUACUUUAUGCACACCCUAGACCAACGAUUAUUAUCAAGUUUACAAUCUCUCUCAGCAGCAUUAUUUCUGACAGAGUCGUCUAGUGUCAAGGCUUAGAAUGUGUGGAACUUUGUCUCCAUGUCUCCCAUAUGACUGAAUAAUUAAAACAGCAAUGGAAGAAAAAAGGUACAGGGUUCACUAAAACAGGGCUGCCUCCUAAAAAUACACAAAUUCAUUAUAACAUUACUCAUUAAUAUUUCUUAAACUAAAUUAGCCUAGUAGGCAGUGACUCAUAAUUCUCCUUACCCCAGUCUAAUAUAUUUCCAAAUGUUGGUGACAGGUAUCGUAAAUUUGUAUGAGUUUGCUAAUACAAGAUUCUAAGAUUUCGUGUACAAAUAUUCAGGUACCAUGUUGACUUAGCUAUGAGAAAUGUGUUGGCUAUAAAUUUGCUGUGCAAGUUACUGCUAUACUUUGUAGAAUAUGACAUAUGUAUAAAGAGUGAAAAUAAAUACAAACAGGCUGGUGAAGAAA